AUGUCGCACGUCACAAGUCUUCGCCAAACGGAGUAUCCGUAUCUUGACCAGCAGAAGCACACGUAUCUCGACUAUACAGGCGCGGGUCUGCCCUCCAUCACCCAGGCGGUAGCACACCAUGCCCGGUUGACGAGCACAGUAGCAGGCAAUCCUCACUCGAUCAGCCCAGCCUCGGGCACGUCCACGGCCCUCGUUGACGAGACUAGGCGUCGCAUCUUCCGUUAUCUCCACGCCGCGCCAGAGGAAUAUGCCGUCAUAUUCACGACAAAUGCGACGGCAGCGGCGAAACUGGUCGGCGAAGGAUACCCCUUUGACAAGAGGACGAGGCUGGUCUUGACAGCGGAUAACCACAACUCCAUCAACGGCCUCCGUCGGUACGCGCGACAGGCCGGCGCAGACGUGGCGUACGUCCCCAUCUCGGACGCCGACAGCUUGCGAAUAUCCACGUCUGACGUCGGACAGGCACUUCCAAAACUAAACGCUCCCAUGAGGGCGUCAUGCUCAUUCUUGCGUCCACAUCGCCGUGCCCGAACCGGCCUCUUCGCGUACCCUGCCCAGAGUAACUUCAGCGGCGUCCACCAUCCUUUGUCGUGGGUCUCGUUAGCCCAGUCGAGGGGGUACACCGUUCUGCUCGACGCAGCCGCCUACCUGCCCACCACUCCUCUCGACCUAUCACGCUGCAAGGCUGACUUUGUGAUCUUAAGUUGGUACAAGGUCUUCAGGUUCCCUACGGGCGUGGGAUGCUUGAUCGCGAGGCACGAUGCCCUGGCGACCCUCGAGAGACCGUGGUUCUCAGGCGGCGCCGUGGACAUGGUGACAGUAGGGCGGGAGUGGCAUCGAAUGGCUGACGGCGGUCAAGCGUGGGAAGAUGGCACGCUGAACUUUCUCGUUAUCCCUGACGUCCGCGUUGGACUGGACUUUUUCGUCCACACAGUAGGGUACGACCCCUUGCGCAAAAGGCUCCGACUGUUAACGAGGUGGUGCAUCGACACUCUGUCCUCGCUGCGGCACAAAUCGGGCCAUGGUGUCUGUCGUAUAUAUGGCCCACGAGACGCGGAAGGGCGAGGAAGCACGAUUGCGUUCAACGUGCAAGAUGUCGCGGGUGUCCUGGUGGAUGAGACACGCAACAUCUCCAUCCGUGCCGGCUGUUUCUGCAAUCCUGGCGUUGGCGAGACCGUGAGCGGGGCGAGUAAGGAGGUCUUGCGAGCGUUCGCCCAGGAACGGGACAAAGAUCGCGGUGGCAUGGGGGCCGUCCGCAUCUCCCUCGGCAUCGCCUCGACCGUCGGGGAUAUAGAAACCUUUGUUAGCUUCAUUGAGGAUACGUACAAGGACAGGAAGCUCAGGUAAAUGAGAUUGCAAGUAUAAAAGUUUCAAAACUGUCAAUGUCGCUAUGUGUUCGUGUGUGCCAAUUGACGUUCGUGCCCAGCCUACCCGAACCACCCAUUUAAACCCAAAACCAAGUAACAACGCCGUCCUCAUGAAUCCAUCUAUACAUUGUAUGUGUGACAAGGGGAAGGAUGCCUAUGCGGUAUUUGCAAUCCAGUGAUUAAUGUAAGUUAAGUCGUGUAUGUGCGAAAGGUGUUUAGAAAAGGAAUGACAGCACGAAAACGAGACACGUGAACACCGUGGUGAUCGUGUAAUCAAAUUCGUACCAAAGAUCCUCCCCGCCAAAUGCAAUCUUCUUGCUGGAGGGAGUGGGGUGGGCAACUCCAGUCUUGGGAUCCCUGAUCA